UGUAGGAACACUAGGAACAGGAUAGGGAGCCCAUCUAAACCAUUUGUAGGUCCAGGGAACCUGGUCCCAAGAUGACUUGAAACAUAAACAUCCUGGAGCUCAUGCCCAUAGACUGGCUUGUAUGGCAUUUUCUACUCUCCUAUGGAACUCAGUGGUACAGAUCUUGAUGCUCAAUACACUAUAUAAAUACGCAGGGAGGAGCUGGUUCAUUACCCCUUUGAUAGGAAGCCAUCAAGCCGUGACAUGCUGCCCAAAUGGGAUAACUCCAUUGGCUCAUUCUCUUCCAGAAAUCAGCAACAACCUAACAGACUUCUUGAGCAGACCUGCAGUAGCCAACAAUGGGUGGUUGCUGUGGAAAUCCAUCACAGAGCUGCUAUUUGGUCAAUUUGAGAUUUCUACCGUUGAUGUUUUCACCACCAAGAACAGUGCCAAAUACCCAAACUUUUUGCUCCAGAGGAAUAAAAUGCCCUGUUUCAUUGCCAGACUGCUUCCUGCAACAAUAGACUCAAGUCCUGAAUCUACUUCUGCCAAUUUUCCCCCUGAUCCCCAGGUUGAUAGCCAAGGUCAGAAGGAGCAAGGCCACAUUCAUCCUCAGAAUGCUUUACUGGCUGAAGCAGUUUUGGCUUUCAGACGUAUUGCAGGUGUCCAUUUGGCACUCCAUCCAUCUCCCAGGCUGCCCAGGCAUAAUAUCACAGAAUCGUGGUCAGAUUCUGCACCCACGCCUACUGUCAUUGUACCUGAUGACUUGAAUAUCGGCUGAUGGACCACUGAUGACAAAGACUGCUUCCAGCAAUUCAGGAAAGUCAUAUACAGGAAAGAGGUGCUCUUUGAAAUGGAAGAAGUUCUCCAUAUGGACAGUCCAAUGCAGUCUGGACCUGAUAGAAGCCCCGAUACCUAAGAUUGUCAACUACAUGCCACACUUAAAGCAUGCUGGCCUGCUCUCAUGGUUCACCUCGCAAGAAUAUCAGUACAUCACUCUGUGGUUCAGUCAUGCUCCAUUGUACCCCCAACUGUAUCCAAGUUUCUCAAAAGUCUUCUGCAUGCUUAACCACUGGUUAGAGAUCCGACUUUGGACCUGCCUAUAUGUUCUUUCACAGGGACAAAGUGUGCUAUAUCUGCAUCCCAGGUUCAUUCCUAAAUUGGUCUCAGAAUUCCACCUAAACUAUUCAAUCAAUCAGUCUGCCCAAAAUCUGACUGGAUACAGGAUAAAAGAAGCUAAGUACUAUGAACAUUUCCAGAGCCAUACUCUAUUAUAUUGACAGGGCCAAGCCUUUUAAGCCUAUCCCCUUGCCUCUUUCUGGUUACGUCCAUCCCUUUGAAAAGCCAGGCCAUCUCAUCAUAGAGAAUCUCUAUGGAUCAUGCGCAGUAUUUCCAUCUUUUUUUAUCAGAUUUCUGGCCACCCUCUCUUCCAAAUGUCAAAGCUCACUCCACCAUGAUACAGGCAUUCUCUUCUGCCUGCUUCAGGAAUGUGUUGAGAUCUGCAAGGUAGCAACAUUGGGCAACUCCCUGACCUUUGUCAAACAUUACAUCCUUGACUUAGCAACUAGGUCAGAUGCUGAGUUUGGGAGAGCAGCACUUCAAUCAUUAUUUUGAGUAAUAUAGCUGAAAUUCCUCGUUCCCACCAUCCAGUGAGGCCACUGCUUUCCAGUCACCAGUUACACAUAAUUGAAGAAGAAUGAACAGUUACUUACCUACGGUGACUGUGAUUCCAUCCCACUCCCAAGGUGUAGUCAGCGUGGCUCUCGUGACCCAUCCUCAAUACCCACUUUAGGGAGUCCUAAGCAACUAUGCCCUGGUCUACACUAGGACUUUAGGUCGAAUUUAGCAGCGUUAAAUCGAUGUAAACCUGCACCCGUCCACACAAUGAAGCCCUUUAUUUCGACUUAAAGGGCUCUUAAAAUCGAUUUCCUUACUCCACCCCUGACAAGUGGAUAAGCGCUUAAAUCGAUGUUGCCGGCUCGAAUUUGGGGUACUGUGGACACAAUUCGAUGGUAUUGGCCUCCGGGAGCUAUCCCAGAGUGCUCCAUUAUGACCGCUCUGGACAGCACUCUCAACUCAGAUGCACUGGCCAGGUAGACAGGAAAAGAACCGCGAACUUUUGAAUCUCAUUUCCUGUUUGGCCAGCGUGGCAAGCUGCAGGUGACCAUGCAGAGCUCAUCAGCACAGGUGACCAUGAUGGAGUCCCAGAAUCGCAAAAGAGCUCCAGCAUGGACCGAACGGGAGGUAUGGGAUCUGAUCGCUGUUUGGGGAGAGGAAUCCGUGCUAUCAGAACUCCGUUCCAGUUUUCGAAAUGCCAAAACCUUUGUGAAAAUCUCCCAGGGCAUGAAGGACAGAGGCCAUAACAGGGACCCGAAGCAGUGCCGCGUGAAACUGAAGGAGCUGAGGCAAGCCUACCAGAAAACCAGAGAGGCGAACAGCCGCUCUGGGUCAGAGCCCCAAACAUGCCGCUUCUAUGAUGAGCUGCAUGCCAUUUUAGGGGGUUCAGCCACCACUACCCCAGCCGUGUUGUUUGACUCCUUCAAUGGAGAUGGAGGCAAUACGGAAGCCGGUUUUGGGGACGAAGAAGAUGAUGAUGAUGAUGAGGUUGUAGAUAGCUCACAGCAAGCAAGUGGAGAAACCGGUUUUCCCGACAGCCAGGAACUGUUUCUCACCCUAGACCUGGAGCCAGUACCCCCCGAACCCACCCAAGGCUGCCUCCUGGACCCAGCAGGCGGAGAAGGGACCUCUGCUGCAUGUGUUUCAAUGAUCACAGGAUCUUCUCCUUCCCAGAGGCUAGUGAAGCUUAGAAAGAAAAAAAAAAACGCACUCGCGAUGAAAUGUUCUCCGAGCUCAUGCUGUCCUCCCACACUGACAGAGCACAGACGAAUGCAUGGAGGCAAAUAAUGUCAGAGUGCAGGAAAGCACAAAAUGACCGGGAGGAGAGGUGGCGGGCUGAAGAGAGUAAGUGGCGGGCUGAAGAGAGUAAGUGGCGGGCUGAAGACAGGGCUGAAGCUCAAAUGUGGCGGCAGCGUGAUGAGAGGAGGCAGGAUUCAAUGCUGAGGCUGCUGCAGGACCAAACCAGUAUGCUCCAGUGUAUGGUUGAGCUGCAGCAAAGGCAGCUGGAGCACAGACUGCCACUGCAGCCCCUCUGUAACCAACCGCCCUCCUCCCCAAGUUCCAUAGCCUCCACACCCAGACGCCCAAGAACGCGGUGGGGGGGCCUCCGGCCAACCAGCCACUCCACCACAGAGGAUUGCCCAAAAAAAAGAAGGCUGUCAUUCAAUAAAUUUUAAAGUUGUA